AUGUCAAUCCGUUUGACUGGAGGCAUAAUUCGCGAGCUUCGCAUUCACUUGUGCCAGACCAGUCCGGCUUCCGCUGGAGUUCGCGCGUUCGUCGAGAACGAAUAUGUUUCCCUGAAGAAGGCCAAUCCAAAAUUCCCAAUUUUGAUUAGAGAGGCUUCUGGAAUUGUUCCGAGAGUUUUUGCCCGCUAUGAAAAUGGAAUCGAACGAGUUGCCUCAUUGGAGAAUCUUUCGAAGGAAAAAGUUGCCGUUUCAUUCAUCUUUUUCCGCGUUUUGCAAUUUGCCGUUCGCUGGUAUUUGUUCGGAAAAUUCACCUGGCACACUUCAUUUAACUACUUUGGCCUACGGCGGAAUAAUGCAGAAGCCGCGAAUCGACGGCAACUCGAAGAUUCUCGUGACCUCACGGUGAUUCCGCCGAACAAAAAAUGGAGAAUCUCCAACGAGGGGCUUUCAUUGAUUCACUCGGUCGUUUCUGGACUCUGGGCCGGAUACGCCCUUCUUUAUUACAAGGAUCUCAUGACAGAUUUGAUACAUUAUCGUUGCGAAGUUGCUAUUAAUUUGAUUCUAAUGUCGACCGGAUACCUUCUUCACGAUCUCAUUGAUCUUCUAGUCAACGAGCAAUCUGCUCGCAUCAUCGAAUUGCUGUUUCAUCAUGUGGUUGUGCUCACCGCGUUCGCGGUCACCAUGUUCACCGGCAAAUUUCUUGGCGUCGUCGUUUUUGGCCUUCUGAUGGAAUUGAACUCGAUUUUCUUGCAUUCAAGAAGCUUGCUAAACUUAUAUGGAGUUGACAAGAAAUCGCCGUCGUUUCGAAUGAUCGCCUUAUUGAACAUGAUCACGCUGUUCUUCUUUCGCUUGUGCGUUUCUGCUUAUUUGUUGUAUUUUGCGGCCACAACCGUCACCAUCAUCCCUUGGUGGCAAGUAUUAAUAAAUUCUGUUGUUAUUCUCUCGCUAGCUUCUACUAAUUCUGUCUUGACUUAUCGCCUUCUUGCUGCCGAUGGUUUGCUCGGAACGUCUCGGGCAAGAAAAUCGCCAGCGCCGACAGGAGACACUAAUAUUGAAGAUAUAGAAUCAGCAACUCAAAGAGUUUUAUCUGAUGAGGAGCAUCAUGAAGUGGCGGUUCAAGCCGGAAAUCAGACGGUUCCGCUUGUUGAAGAUUCGACGCAAACAUGA